AUGUCUCUAGCAAUUCCUUUGCUUUGUGUAACAGAUUCUGAGAUUGGGACUGAGAAGGAACUAUCCAUUCUAAACCAGAAGUGUUCUAAAGAAGUAAAAACCCCACAACUGAUAUCAAGAGGAUUCUCACAGGGUGAUGCACAGGCACCUGGGCUGCAGGAAGCUUGGGAUCAUGAUGGUGAGCUAGGACGCCUGGGGACUUCGGUUCAGCAGAGUUUGAAGAAACCCCAUCUUCAUAAGGGAGUUUUUAGGAAUGAACCUGUCUUGUGUAGAGAAAGACCUCCAGGACAAAAAACCCAGGAGUGUGGCACAAUUGAUGGAAACUUGACUCUGAACUAUGAUGUUGCUAGACUUCAAAGAAAUAAAACAGUAGAGAAAGCGUUUCAAUGUGAUAUAUGCAGCAAAACCUUCCAAUUUAAUUCAGAUCUAACUAGACAUCAGAGAAGUCACAAUGGGGAAAAUCUUUAUGAAUGUGGUCAGUGUGGAUGGGCCUUUACUCACAGCUCGAGCCUCGUUAUGCACCAUUGAGUUCACACUGGAAGUAAGUCAUUUGAAUGUAAUGUUGGGAAGACUUUCUGUCUCAAUUCCCACCUCCUCCUCCAUAAAAAAAUCCAUACUGGAGAAAAGCCUUUUGGGUGUAGUGAGUGCGAGAAGGCUUUCAGUCAGAGCUCCACUCUUAUUCAACAUCGUAUAAUUCAUACAGGGGAAAAGCCUUACAAAUGUAGUGAAUGUGGGGAGGCCUUUAGCCAGAGCCCACAGUUAAAUCAGCAUCAGAGAAUCCACACUGGCUAGAGGCUCCAUGGAUGUGGUCAGUGUGGGAAGACCUUCAGCCAAAGCUCGAACCUUUUCCUCCAUCACAGGGUCCACACAGGAGAGAAGCCCUAUGUCUGUAAUGAAUGUGGCAGAGCCUUUGGUUUUAACUCUCACCUCAUUGAACAUGUAAGGAUUCACACUGGAGAAAAACCCUAUAUGUGUAAUGACUGUGGCAAAGCCUUUAGUUGGAGUUCAACUCUUGCUCAGCAUCGAAGAGUUCACACUGGAGAGAAACCCUAUCAGUGCAUUGAGUGUGGAAAAGCCUUUAGUCAGAGCUCACAACUUGCCUUGCACCAACGAGCUCACACAGGAGAGAAGUCCUAUGAGUGUGGUGAGUGUGGGAAGGCCUUCAGCCAGAGGUCAACCCUCACUCAGCAUCAGAGGGUCCACAUGGGAGAAGCUCAUGUGUGCAGACAACGUGGUCCAGGCUUUGCUCAUGGCUCUAGCUUUAGGCCAUGUGGACAGAGUCACACUGGAGAGAAGAGCUCUGUGUGUGAUGGACAUGGCAGAGCCUUCAGCCACGGCACAAACCUUAUUCUGCACUGGAUGGUUCACACUGGUGAGAUAUCUGUUGGGUGUGAUGAAUGUGAGAAACCUCUUGGUCCCACCUUACAACCCACUGAACAUCAGAAAAUCCAUGCUGGGAAGCCCUAUAAGCAUCAUGAAUGUGGGAAAGGCUUUAGUCAAGGUUCAGCCCCUAAUGAACAUCAGGUAGCUCUUACUGGGGAGAGACUGCAUUCUUUGCAUGGGAAAGCCUUCAACUGGAGCUCAUAGCUUGCACUGGAUCAGCAGAUGCAGGUGGGAGAGAAACCCCGUUUAAAUGAUAAAUCUGAAAGAUUUAUUCAUAUCAAAAAUACUUUCCAAGAAAGACAUUUUUAA